GAAGAGAUUCAGUAAAUCAAGGAGGCUUCGCAGACUUUUUGAAAAUUGGGAGAAGUCAAUUUGAAUACGAUCGUGAGGCCAGGUAGUGAAUUACACAGUGUAGCUGAUAAUACGAGUGUGAAAGAAAACUUUCGAUAAUUUACGAAGAAAGGAUACGCUAUAAUCAUAUUAUAAUAACUCGUUAAAAAUAUAGUGCAGAAAUUUUUUUAUUUAAGAAGAAAUGAUCCUUCAACGCGCCUAACAGAAGCGUCGAAAUGUCAAUCACCUUAUAAAUUAAUCGAUCGCUUAUAAACUGUAAUCAAAGUGAUAAUUCACGGCGAGUUAAUGCUGCGUGUAAGGACCGAUGGAUUCAACGAAGAUCAGAUCGAAGCCAAAUCCGCGAGAAAAGGCAAACAUCAUAUCGGUGUUGCUGUGGUGGUGGACCAUCACUUUAUUCAAGACAGGAUACAGGAAAAUUUUAGAAUCAGAGGAUUUGUAUGAUCCCCUCAAGACUGACCGAUCGAAACUACUCGGAGAUCGAUUAGAAAAACGAUGGAGAAUCGAGCUAGAAAAUUCGAAGAAAUGGAAACGCAGUCCAAGUCUGUUAAGGACCAUUUUCCGCACAUUCCUUUGGGAGUACUUCCUACUAGGACUAAUACAAAUACUCAACGAAUUAGUGCUAAGAUUAGGGACACCGUUACUGCUAGGAGGUCUUCUACGCUACUUCCGGAAAGAUUCGGUUGAACUGUAUGAAAAUGCUCUAUGGUACGGAGCAGGUAUUUGUAUAACGAUCGGUAUGAACGUGAUAAGCGGCAAUCAGGCGAUUUUUGAUGCUUUUCACGUGGGUGCGAAAGUUCGUAUAGCUGUCUGCUCUGUGGUAUAUAGAAAGGCUUUGCGUCUGAGCAAAACCGCACUAGGCGAGACAGCGCCCGGGAAAGUGGUUAAUUUAAUGGCCAACGAUGUCAAUAGGUUCGAUCUUGUCUCUAUCCUUAUUCAUCACAUGUGGUCCGCACCUCUUUCCACUUUGAUCGUGGCUUACAUUCUGUAUCAAAACGUCGGUUAUGCUGGUCUCAUCGGUAUCGUUGCAAUCUUCAUAGUUGUGCCGAUUCAAUCCUAUACCGGCAAGCUGUCGUCGAAGUUCCGCCUCCAGACGGCUAUUAAGACGGACGAGCGAGUUCGUCUAAUGGACGAAAUUAUUUCCGGAGUGCAGGUGAUUAAAAUGUACGCGUGGGAGAAGCCGUUCUGUGCCAUGAUUGAACUGGCGCGUAAGUUCGAGCUUCGGGUGGUCACUAAGAGCUCGUACAUCCGCGGCGUCUACAUGACCUUCAAUCUUUUCACAACUCGGAUGGCGCUUUACUGUACUCUCAUUUCCAUGCUGAUGUUCGGCAACGAUCUAACCGCUGACAAGGUGUUCGUUGUUUGUUCCUUCUUCAACAUCCUUGCGCACACCAUGACCGGCAUGUUUGUGCGUGGCUUCGCCGAGUUGGCCGAGUGUAUGGUGGCCAUACGCAGACUUCAAAGUUUUCUCAUGCUUGAAGAGUUCCAGGGUAGCAACGUGGUUGUUUCUAAGGUUUCUUCCGCCUACAACGUCAAUAUUAAUUCGAAUCUUAGACGAGCUUCUAAACAAGAUCCGCCCUAUAUCGACGACGAUGUUGCGGAGAAUCUUGAAGAGGAGAAUCUGGAUGAAAAUAACGAUCAUAGGAAACAUAAUGGACGGGUGGUUAUCAGCGACUUGCUCAAAAACACUUCCAAUCUUGUUGGAGACAAGAAGCGGUUACCUAUGUAUGACAAUUGGGCCAUUAAUAUGAUUGACGUAACUGCCAAGUGGGAGAUAAGACAAUCAGAGAACACCCUGGAGAAUAUCAACUUGCAAAUAGAGAAAGGCAAGCUCUAUGCGAUAAUCGGCAUGGUGGGCAACGGCAAGAGCUCUUUCUUAUCCGCGAUUCUAGGCGAGAUUACCUUGACGGAAGGUCAGGUAAAAGUCAAUGGUGGUAUCAGUUAUGCCAGCCAAGAGGCCUGGGUCUUCGGUGCUACUGUCCGACAGAAUAUACUCUUCGGACAGCCUUACGAGCGUCAACGAUACCAGAAGGUGGUCAAGGCUUGUGCUUUGCUGCAUGACUUCAAGCAGUUUCCGCAAGGCGAUCAAACUGUCGUAGGUGAACGAGGAAGUUCUUUGUCCGGAGGUCAAAAGGCUAGAAUUAACUUGGCCAGAGCUUUAUACAGACAAUCGGAUAUAUAUCUGCUCGAUGAUCCUCUAAGUGCGGUUGAUGCACAUGUCAGUAAGCAUUUGUUUCAAGAGUGUAUUCAAAGAUAUCUGGUUGGUAAAACGAGAAUCCUGGCGACGCAUCAGCUACAAUAUAUAAAAGGAGUAGACGCUAUUUUACUGCUCGAGCAAGGAAAAAUAAAAUAUUUCUCGCAUUAUCAGGAUCUACUGGAAUUUCGACCUGAGUAUAAACUACUCCUGGCAGCGGAAAAUGAGGCAAACGAUGACUCGUCCUUAGAGAAAAGCAUAAGUUUAAGACGACAAUUUUCCUCCUCAAGUAAUAGAAAUCGAACUCCAGAAGCCAGCAGUGACGAUACAGAUGAUGAAGAUGAAGAUGAAGAUUCCAAAAAAUUGAACCAAAAAAUUGAUGGUCUCGAGAGGACGUCGCGUGGCCUCGUAAAGGGUCCUAUAUUUAUCAAAUACUUUCAAACCGGUGCCAACUUAUGCAUAGCUUUUAUCGUUUUACUUCUGUUCAUUGUCACACAAUUUAUCGUCAGCUUUAACGAUUAUUUUGUACCUUACUUUGCCAAUUAUGUGGAAACGCAAAAAUAUGAGCUUAACAUAAAUCAAACAGAUGAUGCUUAUACAAACAUGACAAUAAGUAUUGCCAACAAAGGUAUAUCAUCAGUAAUUAAUUACGUCUAUGUUUAUACGGGCAUUGUAAUUGGCAUUUUUUUCGUCGGCAUCACUAGAUCGUUGGUUUUCUACAAGACAUGUAUGACAUGCAGUCAACGUCUGCACGAUAUGAUGUUCGGCGCGUUAAUUCGUACAGGGAUGCGAUUCUUCGAUACUAAUCCGAGCGGUAGAAUCCUCAAUCGAUUUUCCAAAGAUAUAGGUGCGAUCGACGAAUUAUUGCCCAAGGCAAUCUUAGAUGCCGGCCAAAUGUAUAUGAUGAUAUUGGGAUCACUGAUAGUGAUUUGUGUAGUUAAUCCCAUUUUCCUGGUGCCUGUUAUAUUUAUUAGUGGGAUGUUUUAUUUUAUCCGUAAAGUUUAUCUCAAGACUAGCAAGAACAUCAAGCGAUUGGAAGGAAUUGCACGCUCGCCGGUAUUCACUCACUUAAACGCUACAUUGAACGGUUUGAUGACCAUCAGAGCAUAUUGUGCUCAGGACAUACUUAAAAAUGAAUUUGAUAAGCUGCAAGAUUUACAUACGUCCACGGUUUACAUGUAUAUUGUGACCAGCAUAGCAUUCGGAUUCUCUUUGGAUGUAUUUUGUUUUCUCUUCACUUCGCUCCUUACCUUUAGCUUCUUGCUAUUCAAUCAAUCAUUUUCUGGUGGAGAAGUCGGUUUGGCCAUUACUCAAAUAAUGGCGAUGACCGGAAUAAUCCAAUGGGGUAUGCGGCAAAGCGCGGAGGUGGCGAACCAAAUGAUGGCAGUGGAACGUGUACUCGAAUACAUUCAGCUUCCGGCAGAACCGAAUCUACGAGACCAGGAGGUGUACAUGAAGAAGAAGGAUAAAAAGCUGGCAUUGCCAUCCAAUGCACCCAACACUUGGCCCGAUGAGGGUUGUAUCAAAUUCAAGAAUGUUUAUAUGCGCUAUGCAGACGAGGAACCGCCUGUCCUCAAGAAUUUAAACAUUGUGAUCUAUCCCGGGGAAAAGAUCGGUAUUGUGGGAAGAACAGGCGCUGGAAAAUCCUCGUUGAUAUCAGCUUUAUUCCGAUUAGCGAAAGUGGAGGGAAUCAUCGAAAUUGACGGUACGGACACAGGUUUGAUAGCCUUGGAAGAUUUGCGACGCAAAAUCUCCAUCAUACCCCAGGAUCCCGUUUUGUUCUCAGGUACUCUGAGACAUAAUCUAGAUCCCUUCAACGAAUUUUCCGACAUGGAUUUAUGGGAGGCACUCGAAGAGGUUGAGUUGAAAGAAGCAAUUGUUACUUCCGGGAACGGCUUAGAAAGCCGCGUUUUUAACAGAGGCAGUAAUUAUAGCGUCGGGCAGAGACAGCUAGUAUGUUUAGCGAGAGCUAUUUUGAGAAACAAUCGUAUAUUAAUGUUGGAUGAAGCGACGGCGAACGUAGAUCCGCAUACCGAUGCAUUAAUUCAACGAACAAUCAGAAAGAAGUUUGCAACGUGCACGAUGCUCACAGUGGCGCAUCGAUUGAACACUAUAAUGGACAGCGACAAGGUCCUAGUAAUGGAUAAGGGUCAUAUGGCUGAAUAUGAUCACCCUCAUCUAUUACUGCAAAAUAGCCAUAGUCAAUUUACUUUGUUAGUAAAGGAGACUGGUCCAGAUAUGUACGAUCAACUAACCAAAGUGGCGAAGCAAGCCUAUUUAAACAAAUAUAAAGGAACAUAACAAAGCGUUGGUGAAUUUUGAUAUAUUAAUUUCUUGUUAGUUAGAUUUCUCAAAGUAAGAAAGGAUCAUUUAAAGUCCGGAAUAGUUACGAUAUAGAAAAAUACAUAUAACGCAUGCAAAAUUACGCGCUCAGGUGAAUAUUACAUGCCCAGAAGAACAUACUGUCAUACUUCGGGACAUUGUAGACACGAUACGUUGAGUCAAAUUAUAAUAUGUGAUGUUGAACAUAACUAGCAUCUAAAUCUAAAAAAUAGAUGUCUAAAGAAUAGACUAGAUUAUAUUUUUGUAUUGUAUUGUAUUUAAUGAUAACACGGCGAGACUUCUUCUCUUCUUUGAUCUUAUUGGCAAGUCGAGUAAAAAUUUCUGUCACAAGUUAAAACUCACAGUACUAUUAUAUAUUUUUCUACUCUAUACUUUUUUGCGUGCUUUCACAGAAAUUAUAAAUAUUUAUUAAUUCUUGUGAUAAAGCGUAUGUCGAUUGAGGAUGAAUCAAGGCAGUGAGAUUGUAAACAUGAAAUUGUACGAACCAUCGCAAAAAAAUGACAUCGCAAUUAUAUUACUUAAUUAUUAGUAAAUAUUAAUGUCAUAUUAAAUCAAUGACCAUUUAAAUGACCUUUCACGAAAUUAAUAUAACUUUGUUCUUUCUUUCGAAAAUUAAUUGCUUACAGAAAAAAAUGUAUAAAUUUCUAUUUCUACUUAUCUUACUAAGAUUUUCAAGGCAGAGAAUUGUUUAUAAAGAAAUGAAUGGAAUAAUGAAUUUGAUUAUAUUAUGUCUAAUUCUCUGUCGUGCAUUAUUUUUAUAUUAAUUAACGAAAACUUGCUUAAUUUGUACAGUAUUUAUUGUGUAUCACUAUGUUUUUUAUGAAUAACUAUAUAGCGCAUUAUGUUAUAUUACGAUCUUAUUGUAAACUAUUGAUGGAUAGAAAUGAAAGAAAUAUUGAAAAAAAAUGGAGAUCGAUAAUAUCGAUACAUUAAAACCCUU